UUGUUCAUUUAUACGAUGAAAUCAUUAUAGUUGUACUUAAAUUGUCACUAAAUAUAUUUAAAAAUGAUAAGUUAUAAUAUUUAUUUGACUGGCAUUCUGAAAAAAAUGUUUGUUAUACUUAUUUUAACAAAUAAAAUUCUGGCGGUAAAUGAGAAAAUAUAUAUGAAACCCCCUGAUUAUAACAGUACUUUUUCCCCUUCAUUUUUACAUGUAAUAAGCACAUUUGAAAACGAUAUUGCAUCAUGGAUUCUUGUAAAUUAUAAAAAUGAAAUUAAUUAUUCACCAAUAAGUCCAGAUGAUGUAAAAUUAUUAUCAAAAGCCUGUGAAAACGAUUAUGAUUGUAUACAAAAAAAAAUUAAUAGUUUAAAAAACUUAAAAGUGAUACUCGAAUCUUUGGAAUGUUUUCAUGUUUUAUUAAGUCUUCAAAUUAUAAAUAUUCUUGAAAGCGAUAUGGCAAAAAGAAAAGAAAAUUUAAAUCAUAAAUCUUUAUCAGAAUUUAAAUAUCUAAAAAUAUACCCAGUAAGAAUGAUAUCAUUUUUUACUUAUGGCAAAUCUGUAGUUAACCCUUGGCAGUUUGACUUUUCAACGAAAGUUCAUGACAUGAUAAGAUUUGAAAAUAGUAAAGAUAAUACAUUUGAAUUACAAAAUUUUGAAUAUGUAAACAAUUCAUCAUUAUUAACAUCUAUGAACGAGUUUUGCGAAAAUUGUGAAAAAUCUAACCAAUUUUUUGCAUCAUUUACAUCAGUUUUAACUAAAACAUACCAAGGUAAAUCUUGUCCAUUUAUAAAUCCUGAUAAUGUUAGAUGUUAUAUAAAGAAAAUGUUGUCGAAAAUAAAUAUUAGCUGUAUAAUUAAAAUGGACAGAAUAUCUUAUAUGUCGAUAAAAAUAGCAAACCAACAAAAAAUAAAAAUUGACCCAGAUUUAGAAAAAAAAAAACAUGAUUUUCUUAAAAGUCUUAAAUUAAGUAAACAAGAAAUUGAAAAUUAUGAGAGAAAUACAAUUAAUGCCACAAGUUGGCAUUUAAAGGAAAAAGAAAUAAUAAAACGUUUACAUGCUAGUAAAUUUUAUCGUUUAUGUAAGAUACUGCCAACAACGUGUAACAAGAGUAUAAUGAAAGAAAUAUUACACACCAAUAGAAAAGAAAAAUUCAGUGUAACUGAUGAAAACGAUAAAACCAGGAAUGAAUUGUAUCGCAAUAGUUAUGGCAGAAAUAACGAAAAUGUAGCAAUAAAAGAAUUUGAAAACAAAAUGAAUAUAAAAAUUGAACCAUGUGGUGUAUUUAUUGACGAGAAUUUGAAUUAUUUAACUGCAAAUCCAGAUGGUUUAAUUGGAAAUGAUGGUAUAGUUGAAGUGAAAUGUCCUUUUAAAAUCAGAAACAUGUUUCCAGAAGUUGCUAUUAAAAAAAAUAAAAUGAAAUACGUCCAUUUUGAUAAAAAUGGGAAUCUUGUACUUCAACGCAAUUCUAAAUAUUUUUAUCAAAUUCAAGGAGAAUUACAUAUAACAAAAAGAGACUAUUGUUAUUUAAUAAUUUGGACUCAAAAAGGAAUGACUUAUAUAAUUAUUACUCGUGAUGACCAAUUUUGGAAAGAUUAUAUGGAAAGGGAACUAAUUGAUUUUUAUGAAAACCGUAUGCUACCUGAAUUAAUCAGCCGUUAAUUAUUUGGAAACAAUGAAAUUUAAAUUACUAUGGGUUUAUCGCAAAAUAAUAUCUAAUAAUAAGUUGAGUAUAUUUUUUGAAAUUUUAAUUUUUCUAUAUUUAUUUUUUUUUUAAUUAUGUAUAUUUAAAAUGUGUUAUUUGAUCAUUCUGAAAAUCUGUAAAAACUGAGAAACGUAUGGUACAGUAUAUAAGACGAAAUGUUAUUUUUAUGUUUUAUAUCAUUAUUACUUAUUACUUUUGUUUAUAUAUUAGAAUUUAGACUUGUUAAUAAUGAUAAAACAAAUAUUUGUUAAAAGGUUUCAUUUUUAAAAUAUCUUAAAAAUUUAAAUCAUGUUUUGUUCUUUGUUUGGUCAAGCAACAACUAAUUAUCAAGUUAGUAAAAAACAUUAAUUUUGUUCUCCUUUGUAAAAUUGCACAACUCAAAAUCCUAUAUUUGAAAUUAUUCAAGAGGGAAAAAAGAAAACGUCAUUUUUGUAUAGCUAAUACUGGAAAUAAAAUUUUUAUCACUCAAAUAUUUAAAGAAAUAAUAUAUUUAUUUUAUUCUAAAAAUGCUUUAAAAAAGCGUCACUAUUGUAAGUAUGUAGUUUUCAAAAAAAAAAAAUAAUAAUGUCGUGUCCCGCUAUUUUGCCAUGGAGAUGACAAAAUAUAUUUUAUAAGUAAUCGAUUUAAAAGUUUCAAAUUGUUAUAUCGUUUUUCCAGAAAUGAAACUGAAAUAUUUUUUAUACAUUUUAUAAAUAUUAUUCAUAUUGAAAAAUGAUUCAAAAAGUUUACAUAAGUAGUUUUAAAACUUAAACACUAGUCUCGUAUUCAAAUAAAUUUUCCAAGUUAAGGAUAUAAAAUAAUAUAUUAUUAUGAUUUACAUGACAAAUGCUAAAGCAUGUUAAAUGCUAUGGUGUAUUCGAAUGCUAUCGCGUGAGAACUGAUCUCGGUCACUUGGUGAUGCUGUACAGAGCUUACAUUACAAUAAUGGCAACGAUAAGUUUGCGGUCAUAUGCAUAUUCGAUAUAUUAAAUUUCUCUUAUUUUGAAUUUAUCUUCACUUGACGUAGGAUGCUCUACCGUAACAAUAGUGUAUUUGCAAUGAUGUUUCUAGUUUCCACGAUCAUUAUAAUUGAUAAAAUGUAUUGAUUUCACUACUCUUUAUUUGUGCAUAAAUGUAAAUCGUUUUGAGUUGAGUAAAAUAAUAAAUUUGAAAUUAAAUUUUAAAGUCUAUUUACUGUUGGUUUAAUCUUCUUACAUAAAAGUUAACACUUUAAUUUUUAACAGAUUUAAAAAAUUAGUUAAAAAAAUGUUUAGCAUUUCAACGAAAUUUCUUAAAACAAUUUAAAUUAUAUUUAAAAUCCAUUAGUGUAAUUAACUAUUUAAUUAAUUUAUGUUUAUUAAUAUAACAUUAAUAGUAUUAAAAUGACUCCGUUAGGAACUUUAUAACAUGUUUUUUAGCAAUGUCUUAAAGUAUGAAACUGGGAUAUAGAAUGCAUACCUUGUUUUCAUAGCUCUAUUGUUAAAGCUCACUAAAAUAAGUAAAUAUUAAUUUAUUAUAGUUUUGAUGUGAAACAUAUUUUAAUAGCUUAUAAUAAAUUGACGUAACGAAAUAAAAAGUAAUUUAUUUAUUA